CUCGCAACACAUCGACUGGAGAAGGCCACGUGACCGCACACCCCGACCACUGAUUGGUCAGGGUGGAUAGAGGGCGUGCCGACGGUGGCGGCGUGCGUUUGCCUAUGUGACACAAUUACAACAACUUUGAGCUGAUGGUUGGGGAAGUUUGCGAUAUUACUAAGUAACACUCACUCCUAAAACCCAACAUUACAUCAACUUCAUGCACACACUGGCACUGGAAUACACGCUGUGUUUUGAUGUACAAUGAGGAGUGUGGAACGUAACUUGAAGGGAUCAUUUCCUUGAGGAUUUGGCAAGAAUUACGCGACGCCCCGUUUUAGUCCUGGAUAGGUGUGCAUCACUUUUCGUUGUUACUGCAUUUUGCCGGAGUUACUCGGUCCCGUCGAUUUGACCAUUUCUUUUCCAUGAAAUCGUGCGGAGUGUCGCUCACCGCCGCUGCAUCUGCUGCUGCCCGGAGCCUCGGCGUUGCUGCUGGUAAUGACGAGGAGAAAAUGGCGUCGGGAACAGCGACCGAUAUCGAAGAGGACUUUCCGAAGCUAACAGCGCAAGAAAAAGAGAGCUUGGUCGGAUCUGACAGUUCACUGUUUGGAUUUCACAGGCUUCAAGAAGAUGGCGCCAGAACGAAGGCCUUGCUGUUAAAGGCUGUUCGCUGCUAUGAUGCCCUCAUCCUGAAAGCAGAGGGGAAAGUGGACCCUGACAUUUUCUGUCAGCUGGGCCACUUCAACCUCCUGCUGGAGGACUAUACAAAAGCAUUAUCUGCAUACCAGAGGUACUUCAGUUUACAGUCGGACUACUGGAAGAAUGCUGCCUUUUUAUAUGGCCUUGGCAUGGUAUACUUCCAUUACAACGCAUUUCAGUGGGCAAUCAAGGCGUUCCAGGAGGUGCUUUACAUCGACCCCGGCUUCUCGAGAAGUAAAGAGAUUCACCUGAGACUGGGACUCAUGUUUAAAGCCAACACAGACUACGAGUCAAGCCUAAAGCAUUUUCAGCUGGCUUUGAUCGACUCCAAUCUCUGCACUUUGUCCAAAGCUGAAAUUCAGUUCCACAUUGCUCAUUUGUAUGAGAUCCAGAAGAAGCACAGAGCGGCGAAAGAAGCGUAUGAAAGUCUGUUGCAGACGGAGAAUCUCCCUGCGCAGGUGAAGGCGACCACACUGCAACAACUUGGCUGGAUGCAUCACACGGUGGAGCAGCUGGGGGAUAAAGGCACCAAGGACAGCUAUGCCAUCCAGUGUCUGCAGAAGUCUUUAGAAGCAGACCCAAACUCUGGCCAGUCGUGGUACUUUCUCGGCAGGUGCUACUCCAGUAUUGGGAAGGUGCAGGAUGCCUUCAUCUCUUACCGUCAGUCCAUUGAUAAGUCGGAGGCCAGUGCUGACACCUGGUGCUCCAUAGGGGUGCUCUACCAGCAGCAGAACCAGCCUAUGGAUGCACUGCAGGCCUACAUCUGCGCUGUUCAACUGGACCACAGCCACGCAGCCGCCUGGAUGGACCUGGGCACCCUCUACGAAUCCUGCGGCCAGCCGCACGACGCCAUCAAGUGCUACAUCAACGCUACGCGCAGCAAGGCCUGCCUCAACACUGCUGCACUCACGCAACGCAUUAAGCUGCUGCAGGCUCAGUUGUGUAACCUACAGCCAGAUAGUCUGCAGAAUAAGAGUAAAAUGCUUCCUAGUAUUGAGGAGGCGUGGAGCCUCCCCAUUCCUGCUGAGCUCACGUCCAGGCAGGGGGCCUUGAACACUGCACAGGCACAGCAGGCCUGUAAGGGGGAGGGAGGCCAGUCGGCCAGCAAUCACACAGACCCACAGGCCAGUCCUGCCAAGAGGAAACGCACUGCCAGCCCAGCUAAGGGUGUUGCAGACUCGUUGGCAAACCGCUCCAAUCAACAGCAGAUCCCCAGCUGGUACCUAACGCCCCAGAAGCUUCAGCAUCUGGAUCUCUUGCGGACCAACCGAGCAAACCUCAAGCCCCCCCAGGUGCAGAUGCUGGAGCAGCUGGAGAACCAGUUCUCCCUCAUGCAGCAACAUCAGCAGCAGCAGCAGAUGAGGCAGCAGGCAGCAGCGAGUGGCCAGCCGCGGCCCAGCCUUCCCAACGGUCCUUUGGCUGAGUCCCCUCACCACCACGCAGGCCUCUCCCGCGCCUCCCCCCUCAAUCACACAGCCAUCCGGCCCCCGUGUGUCCCCCAGCCCACAGCCAACGGAUCCUGUUCUUCAAGUCCUUCAGCCGGGCCGCUGGGACACCUGGACAAAAACCACACGCUGGGACUGGGAGGUGGCGGCGCGAGCAACGGAAACGUGCCUUACCCGCAGCAGAACUCUCUACCUCACAACUGCACAGCCGCCAGUCACCCAAGCACCAGCAGCACUACUAGUAGUCCCAGUCACGCCGACGAGACAUGGAGGAGCCAACAACGCAACACUACCACUCAGGGGCUUCAAAAAGGUCCAGGUUCCCAUUCGGCAGGUCCCAAUGGAGAACCCCCUUGCUCUUCCUCGUCCUCCUCCCCUCAGACCUCGUUCUCUUCCUCUGGCCUUCUGAAUCAGGUCGGACAUUCCUCUGGGCCCUGCACGGUCUCCUCCUCAGCCUCCUCUCUGUCCCCCACCUCCCCCCAGACCACGCCCAACCACUUGUCCUCGCCCCCCCACGCCGCUACUACCUCAGGGCUCCACACCAAAGACGCCACGCCUUCAGGGGGCAACACCGGCAGCAACGCCGCUGCAGCCGCCACUUUCCCAUCAGGUCCGGAGGCCGCCGUCAGGCAUUCCACGGGGACGCCCCGAAGUCCCGGCACCGCCCCCGCACAGGGACUGACUAAUCACGUCCAGCCGCGGGGGACGGAUGGCUCUCCCGCCCCCGGCGUGCUCAGUUCGGACAAUCCUCAGCUCUCAGCCUUGCUAAAGGGAAAAGCCAAUACCACCAGUAACGACGACAACAAUAACUCCAGUAACCACGGAGGGCCUUCCUCGGAGAAAAUCAACAACGUCCACCCGGGUCUCCACGGUGCCGCCAAGCCAACGUCGGAGCAGCCGGUGGCCUCCUCGCCGCGUUUAGCCGCUGCCACUCCCUCGCCGCGCUCGGCGCACCCUCACACCGCCAACAGCCUCUCCUGCCUUAACAGCCCGUCCACGACCAACAACCAGGGGCCCACCGUCAACGGGAAGGGGCCCGAGGACUCCCAGAGCCCACUGAAGGCGGAGCCUUCCGGAGGAGCUCAGAGACACGGCGUCCCUGCUGGUCUGGCGCCCUGGUCCUCGGUCUCCAUCUACCCCAGCUCCAGCGAGGUGCUCAAAGCAUGCAGGAACCUGGGGAAGAACGGCCUGUCGACGAGCAGCAUCCUCCUGGACAAGUGUCCCCCGCCACGGCCCCCCCGCCCGCCCUCUCCUCCGCUGCCAAAGGACAAACUCAAUCCCCCAACACCCAGUAUUUAUCUAGAAAACAAGAGGGACGCCUUCUUCCCUCCCCUCCACCAGUUCUGCACCAACCCUUCCAACCCGGUCACCGUCAUCCGAGGGCUGGCUGGAGCGCUCAAACUAGAUCUGGGCCUGUUCUCCACGAAGACGUUGGUGGAGGCCAACCCGGACCAUCUGGUGGAGGUGCGGACCCAGCUGGCUCAGCCCACCGACGAGAACUGGGACCCCAGCGGCAGCAGGAAGAUGUGGCGCUGCGAGAGCAGUCGCUCCCACACCACUGUCAUCAAAUACGCCCAGUACCAGGCCUCGUCCUUCCAGGAGUCUCUGCGGGAGGAGAAUGAGAAGAAGAAGGAGGUGGAAACAGAAGCAGGUUCCUCAGAUAGUGCGAUGCGGCGAAGGAAAGGGUCUUUCAAACACCUAAAGUUUGGCACGAACAUCGACCUCUCUGAUGAAAAGAAGUGGAAACAGCAGCUUCAGGAGUUGUCCAAACUGCCGGCGUUUGCCCGCGUGGUGUCAGCCGGUAACCUGCUCAGCCACGUAGGACACACCAUCCUGGGCAUGAACACGGUCCAGCUCUACAUGAAGGUGCCAGGCAGCCGCACACCAGGUCACCAAGAGAACAACAAUUUCUGUUCCGUCAACAUCAACAUCGGUCCCGGGGACUGCGAGUGGUUCGCCGUGCCGGAAACGUACUGGGGCGUCAUCAACGACUUCUGUGAAAUGAACAACAUCAACUUCCUGAUGGGCUCCUGGUGGCCCAACCUGGAGGACCUGUACGAGACCAACGUGCCCGUUUACCGGUUCAUCCAGCGUCCCGGGGACCUGGUGUGGCUCAACACAGGCACCAUCCACUGGGUGCAGGCCAUCGGCUGGUGCAACAACAUUGCGUGGAACGUCGGGCCCCUCACAGCACAUCAGUAUAAGCUGGCGGUGGAGCGCUACGAGUGGAACAAGCUGCAGAGUGUCAAAUCCAUCGUUCCCAUGAUCCACCUCUCCUGGAACAUGGCCAGGAACAUCAAAGUGUCGGACCACAGGCUCUUUGAGAUGAUCAAGUACUGUUUGUUACGGACUCUGAAGCAGUGUCAGAUGCAGCGGGAGCUGCUGCUGGCUGCUGGGAAAGACCUGGUGUGGCACGGGAGGACCCAGAGCGAGCCGGCACAUUACUGCAGCAUCUGUGAGGUGGAGGUGUUCGACCUGCUGUUUGUCACCACGGAGAGCAACAGCAGGAAGACGUACGUGGUGCACUGCCAGGACUGCGCCCGUCGGGGGAGUGCCGACCUGGACAACUUUGUGGUGCUGGAGCAGUACAAGAUCGAGGACCUCAUGCACGUUUAUGACCAGUUCACACUCGUAAGUAACGGCUGCACCGGUCCCGUUCCGAGCCGAGCGGAUCCGUUUAAACACAGAGGAGACCUGUGACGAUGAUGAUGAUGAUGAUGAAGUCCGAGAGCUCAGUGUGUUCUUCCCCGUAUCUUGUCUGCAGGCCAGUCCGCUGCCUUCCUCCUCUUG